AUGGCUUCUGCGGGAUUCGACGUAGUGAACUGGACUUUCAAUUCAAAAAUCCUGAGAACGAAAUUUUCAGAAACUUCUGUUGGUGUGAAACAAAUAGAUGACAGCUCAUCGCUCCAUAGAGUUCUUGGACUGUGGUGGGAUACUGAAAAAGACGAAUUUCGUUUCAAACUAAAUUUGAAAGAUAUAAUUUCUGAAAAAAGUACAACAAAAAGGAUUGUCUUGCGAACUAUAAUGUCCUUGUUCGAUCCAGUAGGUUUUAUUUCGAGUUUCACCAUCAAAGCAAAAAUUUUAAUGCAGGAUAUCUGGAGGACUGAUUUGAACUGGGAUGAAGAUUUGAAUGAAAACCUCCUGAAAACCUGGAAAAAAUGGAUGGACGAAUUGGCGAAAAUUGCAGAAGUUAGAAUUCCACGGUGUUAUAGCUUACAAAUUCCGAUAGCAAGGAAUAUAGAACUCCAUACAUUUUGCGACAGUAGCGAGAAGGCGUUUGCAGUAGUUUCGUUUCUCAUAGUUGUGGUAGAAAAUGUGGGAAAAAUAGAUGUCUCACUAGUUUCAUCCAAAAUACGCGUUGCACCACUCAAACCACUUUCGAUUCCCAAAUCAGAACUUCAAGCAGCUGUUAUGGCAACUAGAUUGGCACAAUCAAUCAAAUAUGAAUUGGACACACCUAUCAUGCGAAUGUUUUUCUGGUCAGACUCUCAAUGUGUGAUUUCCUGGAUCAAAAGUGAUGGAAGAAAAUUCAAGCAAUUUGUUGCUCACAGAAUAGGGGAAAUUCAGGAGAGCACAAAAAUAGAAGACUGGAGAUGGAUUCCGACUAAUUUGAAUCCAGCUGAUGAGGCAAGGAGACCUCAUAUCGAUUCAACAAAAAUAAUUUCAGACAUUUGGAUUGCUGGACCAGAAUUUCUACGAAAAACUGAAGAAUACUGGCCCAAAGAAUCGACUUCGAAAUUCUCAGAUUCAGAGAUCUCCAUGGAAAUAAAAAGGGAAUAUAUCAACUUGUGCUCAACAUCUACGGAAAAAAGGAAUCCACUACCUGACAUCUUUAUGUUUCUCCAAAUGGCUAAGACUAAUGAGAUGUACGGCCUGGUGUCAGAGGUUUUUACGGAAAAUCACUUCCUUUCGGAUCAUAAUGUGGAGAUGGUUCACUAA